AUGAUCCCAUGGUCCCAUGGAAUUGCGCGCGUGCUGCGGGUGAAUGCUGUUGCUUUGAUUGGCAGCGAUGCUCAAGCCACGCGCGAACUUUUUAAGCUUCUAGACGCAGGAGCAGCAUCAGACUACAGAUAUGCCAAAGCCUUGCUACAAGGCAGGCCGUCCUUGCCAUGGUUAAGAAGUUGGCAAGAAAAAAGAGCAGACCCCCAACUGUAUUGGGCUCAUCCUUUGUCGCAUGCAUCUGGCGCCCCAGACUUGUACACGCCGCUGAGCAGUGUCUUGUUAGCAUCGCCACGCCAUCGUUUGGCUGCAAUGCUACAGAAAUGGGGCUUGGCAGAGGCCUUCCACACCGGUGUGGCAGGUGUUCCACCUGAGGCAGCAGUCACUUCCUUGUCGCACAAGAAAGCGGCCUUGCAGUUCUUGGAGCUUCCGGUCACGUCCCUUGGAGGCCUAACUGCCAGAAGAGUGAAGGACUUGGGGCCAAAUGGAAAUCCGGGAGAAGCAGCUCGUUCCGCUAUGGCUGAGUGGCGCUGGGAAGCAUCUAAUCUCUUGCUGGAUUCUCUGGCAGGAAGAGCAUUGCUUUCAUUUGCCGACUACCGGGGGCGAACUGCAUUGCACCAUGCUGCUUCUAGUGGGGAUGUCCAGGUCAUUGAGCUGUUGUUGAAAGCAGGAGCAGAGAAAGGCACCAAGGACCAGCAAGGCCGCAGCCCUGCACACCUGGCUGCUGUUUAUCGCCACAAAAAUGCCGCAGCUUUGCUUGCAGAAGGUGCAGACACAGGAUGUGACGCUUAUGGCCAUUCUGUCGAGAGCAUUCUGGAUUCGCAGGCUUUAAAGGAAGUUCCUGAAGUGUCUGCCGAAGACAUUUCAAUGGAGUCGGACUUUAUUGCAUCCUAUGUGUCACUGAAUCGGCCAGUCCUCAUUAAAGGUGGUGCAAUGCACCUGGAAGCGAUGUCUUGGUCGGAUUACCGGCACUUGCUCAUGGACAUGGGCUCGGAGGUGGUUCAAGCUGCACCUGUGCCCUAUUCAAAGAACAUGGGUCUUCUUGGGGCAAUGGAGGCACCUUUGUCAGAACUGCUCUCAUCGCCCAAGAUAUGGCGGAGUGAAGAGGCGGAUGAGAAAGCUGCCAGUGAACCUCCGUCCUAUGUUUUUGAUGCCAGCGUUCUUCGGCGCAGACGCGAUCUGGUGAAGAAAGCUUCUGCCUUGACGACAUCAUUUAUGGAGCGCCACUGUUCGCACGUGCGCGUGCCGCAAUUUGGCGUUGGCUUUCGUGGAGCUGGUGCACCAAUGCACACACAUCACGCUGCGCUCAAUGCAUCUUUUGCAGGAAGGAAACGAUGGCUUUUGUGUCCACCGGAAGCAGCAUCGUGGGACCUGGAGCCCGUAUGUUCUUGGUGGCAAAGCGAUCGUUACCAGAGACAGAGAGAAUCCGGCUUACUCUUGGAGUUUCAACAGGAGCCUGGUGACCUCCUUUUCGUUCCAGAAGGAUGGGGUCACGCCACGAUCCUGGAGAGCUAUGCGGUUGGCGUGGCCCAGGAAUUUGUGCCUUGGAGUAGCAUCAAUGGUGACUUGGAUGCAGUUCUUGCCUUAAACACAGCAUGA